AUGCUUUAUCUUAUUACUCUUCUUUAUUUAGCUGAAUCAAAGAAGAAAUCAUGUGGAUACAUAAAAACACACAACAAGCAUGUUCCGACCACAAAACAUCAAAGACCUCCAUCACGAACAACAAUUCCAUUUCAACCAAUCAGAAUAACUAUGGAUUACAGCUAUAUUAAUGGAUCGAUAAACGAUCCACUACGUUGUACUCAAGUUGGUCAGGAAAUUUGGUGGGAAGCAGGAUACAUUUGUUCCAGUAACGAUAUUGUUUCCGAACAACAGCAAAAUAUUAUUAUUCAAACAUUGGAGAAUGUAAGAACAUACUUUGAGCAUUUAUUAUCAGUUCAAAGAUUAUCCUCAGGAUUUUUCCUAGAUAAUUAUGGAAAUUAUACAACAAUUCCUCAAGAUCAAUAUGUUGAUAAUGUUGAUAUGUAUGUAACUCCUGUUCUACGUCCAUAUGGUAAUGGAUCAGAAACUAUUGCUUCAGCUGGUUCAGUACAACUGGAAGGAAACUUUAGUAGACCUAUUCAAGGUGUCAUUUUCAUUAAUCCUACUUUUAUACCUGCUAAUGCAAGUAAUUAUGAUAACUGGGACAACGAUUAUUUCUUCGUAUUAGUACAUGAAAUGUGUCAUGCGUUUGGAAUAACUCCAUACAUGUAUGAACGAUACCACCCACGAAACAAUCCAAUUCCUCAUGAGAAUAUAACGUGUUCAUUUACAAAAUGA